CACAGGCACAGCAGCGUGUGAGGCUGAUAAUCGUACCUCUGAUGGAGCUAGAAAAUGAAAUGAUCAGCUCCUCCUGCAAUUCUUCAGCAGGCUCCAGAGAGUACAAGGUGGUGAUGCUAGGAGCAGGGGGAGUUGGCAAAAGCGCAAUGACUAUGCAGUUCAUAAGCCAUCGAUUCCCUGACUAUCAUGAUCCAACUAUAGAGGAUGCCUAUAAAACUCAAGUCCGAAUUGAUGAUAAACCAGCCUAUUUGGACAUUCUAGACACUGCUGGACAGGCAGAAUUCACAGCCAUGAGGGACCAAUACAUGCGAGGUGGAGAAGGCUUUAUUAUCUGCUAUUCCAUCACAGACCGACAAUCCUUUCAAGAAGCUGCUGAGUUUAAGGAACUCAUUUAUCGUGUCCGGCACACCUAUGAUAUCCCUUUGGUGCUGGUGGGGAACAAAAUAGAUCUUGAAGAAUUCAGGCAGGUUUCAACUGAAGAAGGAAUGAGCUUAGCUAGAGAAUACUCCUGCUCCUUUUUUGAGACUUCAGCUGCCCUCCGGUUCUACAUUGAUGAUGUCUUUCAUGGACUAGUGAGGGAAAUUCGAAGGAAAGAGUCCUCAUUGCCCAUGGUGGAGAAGAAGAUGAAGAGAAAAGAUAGCCUGUGGUGGAAACUGAAAGGAUCCCUGAAGAAAAAAAAAGAAAGUACAACUUGACAGCAAUCCCCUAUGAGCCACCCAUCAGGAGCUGACCACAGUAACCUGUAAGAGUUCAAAAAGGCAGCAUUGACACAGUAUCUUCAAGACCAGGUCCUGGAGUUCCUUCCCUUCAGCCCUUAUGCAGAAGUAGCUCCUUGAAGGCCCAAUUCAUGGUUGCCCUGUGGCUCCUCUGUAUUAUAGAUAAAGUCACUUAGCAUAUUUUUUCAUACCUUCUCAGCAAAUCUGAGUGCAGAAAUACUUUGAUUUUUUUCCCCUGUGGUCCCUGGCUGGUCUUCAGAUGCUAGGCAUUAGGCCAGCAUCCAAGGCAGAACCAGCUUCCAUGAGCUCUAGUACAAGGGAUGCACUUAUUGCCUCCUCUCAACAUGCAUGGAUCAUUUCACCAUCUCAGGAAUGUAUAAGAUUUAUUUCAGUGAACAUUUUGACUGUUUAAGGAGUUUAGGAUUUGAACUUCACAUGUAGGUUUAGCAUUAGACUGUGCUUAGUCUGCACGUGCACAUGUCGGUGUGUGAAUGUGUGUGUUUUAACCACUCUCAAAGGAAAUGAUGUGAUCUCCCAGUUUUGUUCCUGUAGAACCCCAUACUUAUUGUAUACUUUCCAUGUUCUAGGAAGAGCUGGUAACCACAGCACAAGUCAUGCAUCAGCCGUCUGAAGGCUGCAGGGCUGCAUCUCUGUCUCCUCUACUCAUUACUCACCAGAACUGGCUAGCAGAGGUGCAGUGUCCGACAGACACAGAAUGCACUAGAAUCAUGGAAUAGUUUGGGUUGAGGAAGACCUCUAAAGGCCAUCUAGUCUGGCCCCCUGUAGUGAUCAGGGACAUUUUCAACUAGAUCACGUUGCUCAGUGACCCAUCCAACCUGACGUGAAAUGUUUCGCUCUUGUGUCCUGCCAAGGAGUGCACAAAGGCACUGUCUGAUGCUUCCCAGGUCCCUCCCUAGAGCAGUGCAGCUCUGUCCCAGCAUGUGAUAACAUCUAUUAUGUAGCUUUAAUUCCUCAACCUACUAGACAAUUGCAUCAGAUCAGUCACCAUCUUUCACAGUCCUUGACCAUCCAAGUGUAUCAUUGAUUGAUCAGUUGGACAGGUUUUUUAAAUAUUCUUUUUUAAAGUUGGCAUGAAAUAGAUUAUAGCCUCAUUGACUCACGCCCUGCCCCAGACUUUUUUACUAUUCACAUUAUACAUUUUACAAUUAAA